UAUUAUUAUUAUUAUUUGUUGUUUGAUCUAUAGCCCCGAAGUAAAGAUGAGACCCGCCUUGACGACGAUAAAUGCAACGAGCAAACAGAGCGCAUCCGUAAUAUUUUUCCAUGGCUCCGGUGACACUGGUCCGGGGAUACUGGAAUGGGUGCGCUUUCUGUUGGGUCGGAAUUUGGAAUACCCGCACAUAAAAAUCGUAUAUCCAACAGCACCAAUGCAAAAGUAUACGCCGUUAAACGGCCAGGAGUCCAAUGUUUGGUUUGAUCGACGCUCGGUCAACAUUGCGGCACAGGAAAGUAAAAAGAGCAUGUCGCAGUGUUACGAAAUCGUUCAUCAACUUAUCGAAGAAGAGGUUUCAGCAGGCAUACCAACUAGCCGCAUCAUUGUGGGCGGUUUUUCAAUGGGCGGUGCGAUAGCCUUGCAUACGAGCUACCAUUUGAAUGCUGGACUUGCGGGUGUCUUUGCCCACUCUUCUUUUCUCAAUCGUAGCUCCAUAGUCUAUGAAUCCCUGCAGUCGCGCUCACAUCACCAUCUUCCAGAGCUCCGAAUGUUUCAUGGUGAGGGCGAUACCUUAGUACCGCUUGAGUGGGGCCUGGAGACUUUUAAAUCUCUUCAAAUGUUAGGAGUCAAUGGUACAUUCCAACCAAUGAAAAAUACACUUCAUGAACUGAAAAAAUCGUCGCUUCUUGAUCUUGAGUCUUGGAUACUUGAAAAGCUACCUCCGCUUGAAAACAAUGUACAAAAUAAACUGUGAGGGAAUUUGGCAUAAAACCAGUACAACUAUCAGCAGUGCAGAGGCAAGCCUUGCUAUCACUUGCUUGAUCUUCUACGUAUCGAUCUUCUCCACCGUAAUGAAAGCACAGUUCUUCUUGAGCAAGAAUGCUGCGUGCUGCGAAAACACCUUUAAAAAUGUACAUAUGUACAUAUAUCUAUAUAAAACGAAAAUUUUCCGGUAACUUGUACAAAUUUAAUAAAACUCACAUAUUUUUGGUA